AUGUUUGUUAAUGUAUACGGUUUGAUCUCUGUAUUAAUCAAAGUUGCAUUUGCAUCUCACUCCAUGCAUCCAUAUGACUCGUUACACGCAUUUUGUGAGACAUGUUUUCAGUACAGGGAAAUUGAACAAGCCUAUUUCUGUAAAACGUGCAAGUACACUGUGCUAAUAUGCAAAAUAUGCGUUAGAUUUGAUAAAAUGCAUGAACAUAACUUACUUGCCAAUCCCGACACUCUGAACAGUGAUCCGACGAAGGAAAUUACCCAGAAAGAACCUACGAAAACAACUCAACUACUGGAUGAUGAAUCAGAUAACGAUGAAUCUCGUACAACAAAAACAGAAUGA